AGAGAUGCAUCCACGUUUCAACAACUUACUGGCCAACUUGCUUCUUUGAUAAAAGUUGGUGGUAAAAAGAGAUCGACAGAUGUUUUCCCGGUCCCUACUAAUUGCUGUACUAUGUACAGUAGUAGCAGUAUCUUUCGCCGAACAUCAAAGGCUCCAUGGAUUGAAAGCAGCAGAACAUCAUAGGUCUAGACAUCAUGGUCUAAACAAAUUGAAUAGAGAGCGUAGUGCGUAUCAACAUACAAUUUGUAACAUAUUGUGUUCAGGAAACAAUACUGUUACAACCGGACCAACCGAACCAACAACAACCGAGAGUCCUACACCUGAACCAACCAGACUAACACCAACCGGAAGUCCUACACCUGAACCAACCGGAACAACAACACCCGAAGGUCCUUCACCUCCACCUUCUCCAACCGAACCAACAACACACAAAGGUCUUCCACCUUCUCCAACCGAACCAACAACACCCGAAGGUCCUACACCUUCUCCAACCGAACCAACAACACACAAAGGUCCUUCACCUUCUCCAACCGAACCAACAACACCCGAAGGUCCUACACCUUCUCCAACCGAACCAACAACAACCGGAAGUCCUACACCUGAACCAAUUGAUCCAACACCUACACCACUUCAUCCAUCCACACCCAAAGAUGGUAGCAGCACGCAAACUACAACAACCGAACAUGAUGGGACCACACCAAAUAACACCUCUACUUGUGUUGGGGUUAAUGUUUGUUACAAUAGACAUUUAGCACUCCUUUUUGGAAUCAUUAAUAACUUCUACAAAAAAGAUUCAACCGAAUUGAUAAAUAUUUUCACGGAGGUCCUUUAUGGAGAUAGCAAAAGCCUGGAUUUAAUUACAUCAAUCAGAGUCUUACUAGGAUUGAGUUCAGACUACAAUUUAAGGGAAGCAGUAUCUGUAUAUAUUACAAACUUACGGAAACUUAUUGGUAAAGGAUCGAUUAAAAUCAAUGCUGGAUUAUACGCCGUUUUGAGUGGUGAAAUUGGAUUUUCCGGUUUGGUAAGCAAUUCCAAGGGAAAAUCUGGCAAAUUGGAAUCCGACGCAGCUAUCGCUUUGAUAUUAGCCACUAUCUUCAGCAUUCGCGUCACAGUUACAGGAGAAUCCUAUACUGAAAUAAACGGCAAAUUAGGCGCACAAUUUGAUUUGAUUAUCAAAGUCAGCGAAAAACUUGAGUUAAUUUUGGAGGGAAAACCGACGGUCAUCUCCGGUGACCUGAACGGUUGUGUUUCUUCUUUACCGAAUUUAACAAUUGUCAGUGAUAGAUCUCAUGGAGUUGCUCACCAUCUGGUAAAAGAACAUGGUCACCAUGCCAACAAGGCUCACCAUCUGGUUAAAGAACACGGUCACCAUGCCAACAAAGCUCACCAUCUGGUAAAAGAACAUGGUCACCAUGCCAAUAAAGCACACCAUCUGGUAAAAGAACAUGGUCACCAUGCCAACAAAGCUCACCAUGAGGUUAAAGAACAUCAUGGCCACCAUGCCAACAAGGCUCACCACGAGGUAAAAGAACACCAUGGUCACCAUGCCAACAAAGCUCACCACGAGGUAAAAGAACACCAUGGUCACCAUGCCAACAAGGCUCACCAUGAUCACCAUGCCAACAAAGCUCACCAUCAAGUUAAAGAACACCAUGAUCACCAUGCCAACAAAGCUCACCAUCAGGUAAAAGAACACCAUGGUAAUAAUGUCCACCACGCCAACAAGGCUCACAGUACCAACCAUCACGAAAACAAACACCACCAUGCGAAUAAAGAACACCAUCACCAUGGAAGUAAUCAAUAAUGAAACUGGACAAUCUACAGCUAACGACGAAACAUAAAAUAUCCACAUAUAUGGUAACGGGACAAAGAAAAACUUAAAAUAAACUUAUUGAAUAUGCCUUAACACACAAA